AUGUCGGCGGAUGAUAUUGAGAGGCAGCCCCUGCUGGCGGAGGAAAAGCAAGUUGAUGAAGCCGAGGUUCAGGAGGAGCUGGAUGACGCCAUGUCCUAUGAUGCCCGGAAACUCAUCACGUUUGACGUGCUGCGCGCAGCCACUGGGACGAUCUGGGUCAAGGGAUCCCUCUGGAAGAUGAUGGGCAUGCUCUUCGCCAUCUCCCUCGUUACAGCCAUGGUGGUGAUCGCCCUGGUGAAGCAGCCGGAGAAGCUGGAUACCAGCAAGUACAGCAAGCUCACCACCUUCUUGAAAGCCAUCGUGGGUCUGCUUCUGGGCUUCUUUCUCUCCUCGUCUGUGAACCGAUGGUACGCUUGCACUUGUGGCUUCCUGGAGCUCUUCACCGCGAUCCGCGGGCUUCACAUGCAGUUGCUGGCCAUGGGCGCACCAAAGGAGCACGUGCACAUGUGCAUGCGGUACUGCGUGGUCUCCGCCUGCAGUUUGCAGUUUCACCUGCAGAUGCAGACGCUCCCAGAAGAAGAUCGGGAAGAGUUCAGGGAGCGGAAGUGGGCAUCCUUGAUCCAUGACGGAAGCCUGGACUCCGCGAAGCUAUCGAGCUGCACCGUGGCCAGACUUCACAAAGAGGAGAAGGAAGUCCUUGACAAAGUUGAGGAUCCUUCUCAAACCCUGUGGGUGUGGGUGAUCUCCCUGCUCACUCGGAUGUCAGCCGAUGGCGAGCUUCCCCCCAUCCCAUGCCCAACUUACGGCAAGAUUCUGUCCUGGGCUGACAAGGCCUACAACGGAAUCCGUGAGGUUCAAGCGGCUGUGUGCGUCCAACCUCCGUACGUCUACGUGCAGAUGAUGGCGGUUCUGGUCGCUGUGAACAACAUCCUGAUUGCCGUCAGCUUCGGCAUUACACUGGGGAUCACACUGAGUCUUGCCAUGCGAGAGCACGCAAGCUCCAAGGUUAUCUCCAAGGACCUUCAGGAUGUUGGCAUCGCCUUCCUCAUUAGUACAGUCGGCCCUUUCCUGUACCACGCCCUGCUCGAAGUGGCAGUGUGCAUCGCGCAGCCGUUCGCAGGUUGCGAUGAUGAGGAGGAGAAUUCGCCAGGCCGCAUACCGGCGAAGAAGCUUCUCAACAUCCUCAAGAAGGUCACUACGAGGUCGUAUGAACCUGGUGGGGACCAUUUUUAUGACCUUGUCGUGACCUGGCCCGCUAUUUUGAUGACAAAAAGCGGCAAAGAAAUGGCGGGCAAGGUAGACAAAGUUCUUCAUGUGUUCCCACCGACGGCUGCAUUCUAUGCUUCUCGACACUGGUUCACAAUCGUAGCCCGAGACGUCGAGGUGCGCUACUUCCACAAGUUGUAUCCCUUGGCUCAUGCACUGCUGCUUUCUGGGCUCGUGACUGCUGUUUGCGAGUGCAUGGUGCUGCUGAGCCUCAUCUUCGUUCACCACUUCCCCUCCAUGCCGGUGUUGUGGCAAGUCUACUGCGGGACAGUUGGUGUGGGAGCCUCCCUGGCGCUGGCAGUGUGCUUGCUGUCCCUUUGGAGAAGCAGCACGCCGCGCGAAGUGGCAGAGAAGGAGCCGAGCGAGGCCUCGCUGAGCCCCGCGCGGCGUCGGUCGUCGAGGCUUCUGCAGCCCAGGCUGUUGACAUCCUGUCGCUUUGUCGUGAUGCCGGGUGGAGCCUGGUUGUUUGAUGUGUGUUGUUCCAGCCGAGGGAGGAGGAGAGACCGCUGGAACACUUGCGGGAGCCCUUGCUGCGUUGAGGUCUUGCACGACAUGCGCAACUGA